GAAGGCAUGAGCCCGACCCGGAGAGCACGGGCCCCCCGGGCCGGAGCCGUCUAACGGGCCAUGAGUGGAGGCGGUACCGCCGAGGCCCGCCCGGGCCCGGACCCGGGCCCCCACCAGAACCGCUGGCUCCGGCACAGGAAACCGUGGUGGAGGUCCAGCUCCCAACCGGGCCCGGAGGGACUUCUGGACAGAUACGACUGGAGGACCACGACUCCCCCGGUACCGGAACACGCCGGGCCUAGACCCGGGCCUGGACCCGGACCCAGACCUGGACCUGGACCUGGGCCCGGGCCCGGCUCGGUCCGCAGGAUCUUCCCGUACCUGAGGUCUCUGUCCGAGCCUGGUACCAGCACCGCACAGUUCAGGAAGGGGGGAUCGGACCGGGACCGGACCAGAGGACGGUCCUUCGCCAGCUUCCUCUCACGCAGCAUCGGACGGGUCUGGAGAGACGGGCCGGAACCGGAGCGGGGAGAGUCCGAUGUGAAGGGCCCCGCCGCCCACCGCCUGUCCUGCGGCCAGGGCCCCCCCCCCGACGGAACCACCUGGACCCGCAAGUUCUGCCUCCUGACCGACAGCCAGCUGAUCCUGCUGAGCCGGGAGGACGAGGGCGAGCCCCCAGAGACCCCCACCUCCUCCUCCAGGGCCCGGAGCCUCCGCCGGACCGUCAGCGUCCCGUCGGAGGGGCAGUUCCCCGACUUCCAGCCAGAGGGCGCCGCGGUGCGAGAGGUGUCGGCGGACCGAUCUCCGAGGAGGCGGAGCAUCUCUGGUUUGGGGGGUUCAGAGAAGAGCGUCGCCGUCGACAACCCAAGCUCCUCCCCCUUCAGGGUGCCGGGUUUCUUCAGCAAACGCCUCAAAGGUUCCAUCAAGAGAACGAAGAGUCAGACCAAACUGGACCGGAACCCCAGCGUCAGGCUGCCGUCGCUCCGCCCCGAUGCUGACAGGUCCCGCGGGCUGCCCAAGCUGACGGAGUCCAGCUCCCACGAGUCCCUGCUGAGCCCCGGCAGCGCGGUGGAGGCGCUGGACCUGAGCAUGGAGGACGACGUGUUCGUCAAGCCGCUGCACAGCAGCAUCCUGGGACAGGACUUCUGCUUCGAGGUGACGUUUUCAGGCGGCAGCAAGUGUUUCAGCUGCACGUCGGCCUCCGAGAGAGAUAAGUGGAUGGAGAACCUGCGGAGGACGAUUCAGCCCAACAAGGACAACUGCCGGCGGGCCGACAACCUGCUGCGUCUGUGGAUCAUCGAGGCCAAAGACCUGCCGCCCAAGAAGCGCUACUUCUGCGAGCUGUGCCUGGACGACGUGCUGUUCGCCCGCACCACCAGCAAGACCCGGCUGGACAGCCUGUUCUGGGGCGAGUGCUUCGACUUCUCCGGCCUGCCGGCGGUGAGCAGCGUCACCGUGCACGUCUACCGCGACGUGGACAAGAAGAAGAAGAAGGACAAGAACGCCUACGUGGGGCUGGUCAACAUCCCCAUCUCCACGGUGACGGGCCGGCAGUUCGUGGAGAAGUGGUACCCGGUCAGCACGCCCAGCGCCAGCAAGGCCAAGGGGGGCGGCCCGUCCAUCCGGAUCAAGUCCCGCUUCCAGACCAUCUCCAUCCUGCCCAUGGAGCAGUACAAGGAGUUUGCCGAGUUCGUCACCAACAGCUACUCCACGCUCUGCUCCGUGCUGGAGCCUGUCAUCAGCGUCCGGAACAAGGAGGAGAUGGCAGGGGCCCUGGUGCACAUCCUGCAGAGCACCGGCCGGGCCAAGGACUUCCUGACGGACCUGGUCCUGUCCGAGGUGGACCGCUGUGCCGACCAUGACGUCCUGAUCUUCAGGGAGAACACGCUGGCCACCAAGGCCAUCGAGGAGUACCUGAAGCUGGUGGGGCAGAAGUACCUGCACGACGCGCUGGGCGAGUUCAUCAAGGCUCUGUACGAGUCGGACGAGAACUGCGAGGUGGAUCCCAGCCGUUGCCCCGGCAACGAGCUGUCAGAUCACCAGAGCAACCUGAAGAUGUGCUGUGAGCUGGCAUUCUGCAAGAUCAUCAACUCCUACUGCGUGUUCCCCCGGGAGCUGAAGGAGGUGUUCUCCUCGUGGAAGCAGCAGUGCUCGGCCCGCGGCCACCAGCCCGACAUCAGCCGGCGGCUCAUCAGCGCCUCGCUGUUCCUGCGGUUCCUCUGCCCCGCCAUCAUGGCCCCGUCGCUCUUCAGCCUGAUGCAGGAGUAUCCUGACGACCGCACCUCCCGCACCCUCACCCUCAUCGCCAAGGUCAUCCAGAACCUGGCCAACUUCACCAAGUUUGGGAACAAGGAGGAGUACAUGGCCUUCAUGAACGACUUCCUGGAGCACGAGUGGGCGGGGAUGCUGCGCUUCCUGUCGGAGAUCUCCAGCUCGGACUCCCUGUCCAGCACGCCGGGCUUCGAGGGCUACAUCGACCUGGGCCGCGAGCUGUCGGUGCUGCACGCCCUGCUGUGGGAGGUGGUGUCCCAGCUGGACCAGGGUGAAAAUUCCUUCCUGCAGGCCACCGUCGCCAAGCUGGGCCCGCUGCCGAGGAUUCUGGGAGACAUCUCCCGCAGCCUGGCAGCUCCCACGCCCAUCCAGCAGCAGCUGCGGCGCUUCCAGGACCGCGGCUCCGCCCACAACAUGGCGGGAAGCAUGUCGGGGCUGCAGCGGAUCUUCGAGGACCCGGCUGACAGCCUCCGGACCGCGGCCGGCGAGCCGAUGUCGGCGUACGGCCGGGCCCAGCGCCCCCUGCUGGGCCAGCAGCAGCUCUCGGCGCGCAGCAGCUUCUCGGACCAGGACGAGCGGGACGAGCCGCUGCCCGGCGGCCGCAGCGUCUCCCUGGUGGACCUGCAGGACGCCCACGGCCCCGGGGGGCCGGUGCCGCCCCACGAGGCCCCGCCCCGCCUCAGCAGGGCGGGCUCCCAGGCCUCCAUCGGCCACGCCCCCCACCCGGGGAUCUACCCCAGCUCCAGCCCCGUCACGCCCCAGCCGGCGCCGCACCAGGCCAGAGCCCCGGCCAGGGACGGGCAGCCGCAGAGCGCCCCGCCGGCGCGGCGGCCGCUGCCCCCCGCCCUCAGCCAGCAGCGCAGCCUGCAGCCGCUGUCCUUCCAGAACCCCGUGUACCACCUGAGCAACCCCGCCCACGGCCCGGCCGCCCGGCCCGCCCACUCGCCGCGGCGGGACUCCAGCUCCGAGAACCUGAGCACCGAGAGUUCCCACAACAGCCACAGCAACUCGGACCUGGGCAGCCAGGGGCGGGGCCAGGGGCGGAGUCAGGGGCGGGGCCAGGGCCGCACGACGUCCAACAGCAGCCUGGACGAGGCGGGCAGCAGGCGGAGCACGCACAGCGAGGACUGCUCCACGCCGCGGCGCCACAUGCUGCCGGAGCUGCCGCCGGCCGCCGCCACCGCCGUGGCCGUCCCCCGCCAGACCGCCACCGCCGGCACCGCCCACAUCGUCAAGGUGGAGCAGCAGAGCCGAGGGGGCGGAGCCAGGACGCCGCGCUCGCUCCCCCAGAGCUCGUCGCUGCGCAGCAGCAGCAGCGCCAACACCGAGCCCGCCGCACCCGUCACCCGGCAGCGCUCCACGGAGAACGUGGCCCCGCCCCCCAGGACCAAGCCGCCGCCGCCGCCACAGGGUGCGUCCCCGGUGGAGGCCGUGGCCCUGUCCCCGGUGGAGAGGACGGCGGCGUGGGUCCUCAACAACGGCCAGUACGAGGACGAGGAGACGGACCGCGGCAAGGACCCGGGCAGGAACACGGAGAAGUACGAGCUGGAGAUCUCGCGGCUGAAGGAGCGCCUGCGGGCGUCGGGCCGGCGGCUGGAGGAGUACGAGCGGCGGCUGCUGGCCCAGGAGCAGCAGAUGCAGAAGCUGCUGCUGGAGUACCAGGUCCGGCUGGAGGACAGCGAGGCCCGGCUGAAGAGGCAGCAGGAGGAGAAGGACAGCCAGAUGAAGAGCAUCAUCUGCAGGCUGAUGGCGGUGGAGGAGGAGCUGAAGCGCGACCACGCAGAGAUGCAGGCCGUGAUCGAGGCCAAACAGAAGAUCAUCGACGCUCAGGUCAGUGGCGGAUGUGAAAUAAAGCCCCCAGGAGAAGCGGAUCGGCUCCCUGGACGCGGCGAACUCGCGGCUGAUGGCGGCGCUGACGCAGGUGAAGGAGCGGUACAGCGCCCCCAGCCUCCGCAACGGCCUGUCGCCCAGCAACCCCACCAAGCUGUCCAUCACUGAGAGCGGAGAGUUCAAGAACAGCAGCUGCUGAUUGGCCGCUCCGUCCCGAGGGGGCGGGGACUCGUCAGACCACGCCCACCAGCGUGGACGUUCAGAGAGAAAUUUAUUUAGAAAAACUGUAAACAUGAGUGUAAAUACUGAAGUUGGACGAGUUGGGUGUACAGCGAGAGUGUGAGUUGAGCAGCGUCCCAAACCAAAAGCAAAGUGUUUUCUAACCGACUUUUUUAAACGUUUUUAUUCUGGUCGUUUCUGUCCAGGUUGAAGUUUCUUUGAAGUGUUUGAUCUUUUCUUUUUUUUACCCGACGAGUUGAGUUUAUUUAUUCCUCCUCGUUGUCGUCCCAACGCCGAUCUACUGAGGAGACUCGGGGACCGGGUCAACGCCACGCCUGUCUGCUGUCUGUGUUCAGAAUAAAGCUCCCUGAAAGCUC